UACUUGUGUUGUGGCCGAAACGUCGUGAGAAUUUUAUUCUGUUAUUAUUUUUAUUAUUUUAUCUCCAUCCUACGUGACUUUACCGAAAGAACCCAGAAGAUGGUGAUUUUUAUAUGCAAAGAAUAAGUGAAAAAAAUACUCGGUAUCCAUGAGCGUACAAUACGCAUGCACUUACAAAAAGUGACUUUUUUUUAACCUGCGGUGACGAAUGCAACCGGAAUGAAUGCCACAUUAAAAAAAAAUUUACGAGCCCAAAUGAGUUUAACGUCGGAGGGCAUCCAGAAACGUGGGAUUUGUUCUGACACUUCCUGUGCACAUUGCCAUUUGUGUUUUCGAGUGCCCCCAGCGAGCGAGCAUGCGGCUCCAAACCCGUCAUGCGUCGCUCCACAGCACGAGUGGAGAUGGACCCGCUUGUUGAGUGGCGUCUUCUCUUUCCCCUGCUCACUCACAGGAGAGGACCGUCUCUCUUAUUUGUUUUGUGUUCUUGUUUUGUUGUUGUUGUUGUGGGUCUGCAUCUGUGUGUGUGGGUGCACAGUUACAUUAACACGAGCGCAAGCGUAAUUAUGCUUCAUCAGUAUUUGAGGUUUUUAAUACUACAUAACGAAGCGAUUUUAAAUUGUAUAACUUUUUUUGGGAUUAAUAUAUGUCGUUUCUCAACUGCAGUCCCCGUGGUCUACCCAUGCUUUCUGUACGUGCCGUGAGCAAUUUUUUUAUUUGAAUGUGAAGAACAAAUUGGUCAUCACGAAAUGGUGGACUGUUGAGGUCUGGAAUUAAGAAACGCUAUACUCUACAGCUCGAUCGGUGGAGGAAUGGGUUAGCGUGCUGCACUAUAAAUCCGUCAACCUAUGUUUGACUCACGCCCACGGUUAACUAAGAUUUAGUUUAACACGUAGGCGAACUAACAUUGUUGACCGGUGGUAUCUGAACCUAUCCUGCCCGGCACCCUUCACCUAUACAUACUGACCAGUAUGGUGAAGUAUGGUCAUGCGACCGUCCAUGGUCGCCACAGUUUGGAGAGGACUUAAUUCUCCAGUGGAUUAACAAGGCGCUGUAAGUUAUCAUUUUUAUGGAUUAGAAAAUCUUUUAAUACGAGCGAAACUAUGAAGAUACAGUUGGAGAGGGCAUGACCAACCCUCCCUUCAUUCACUUCCUUUCAGAUGUGUUUCUUAAUGCACCUCUUAUCCACAGACUGCUUUGAACUUGAGAUGUAGACAAACUCACUGUAGCCCCAAAGCAUUGUGGGGCUGCCAAAAUGUUUCAACUUUCUCUUCUGCUUUCCUUUCAUUGCCUUCUCUCGCAACACAGCCGCAUCCACUGAGGGUUUUUUUUUCAAUUCCACGCAUAAACAAAGUGCGACAGAUGAUGCUUCUUAAUGUGCGGUCGAGUUAUUUGAGGUGGGUUCUACAAACUAUGAAUGCAGUCCCCCCCCGCUCCUCACGCUGCUUUUACUAUUCGCUUGUUUCUUUGGACACAUCUACACGAUGGAAUUCCAAACAAAAGUACAAAACACGAUGAAAAUGAUAAAUCCUUCAUUGUGUUUAAAAUGUAAUACAUUUCGAGCUGAAGUGUAUUUGGUUUAAGCCGAAGUAAGCGACAUUUGAUGGAUUUCUUUAAAGUCGCUCGGUCAUAGUCGGGAGGUCAUUGUAAGAACACAGUCCACGAUGACAAUGCCCACGAUCCUCUGUUUUCCUCUUUCUUUAAAAUGAACACGGCCCCUAUCUGUGCGGCGCCCUCGCGAUGUGGUCGCAUUUGGAAACCUGUCAUCAUCAGCAGCCAUGAACUUUCCACUGUUGGAUGAAGGAAUCCCAAAGCCCUCGCCAUCUCUAACGGUCCCGCAAUGUAAAUCACUCGAUAUAAAUCCAAAAUUGCAUUGCGUAUCCUUCGUCUGCCGUGCGGGACGUGCAGGCUUAUGUUGCAGCGUUGCCGUGCGGGACGUGCAGGCUUAUGUUGCAGCGUUGCCGUGCGGGACGUGCAGGCUUAUGUUGCAGCGUUGCCGUGUGGGACGUGCAGGCUUAUGUUGCAGCGUUGCCGUGCGGGACGUGCAGGCUUAUGUUGCAGCGUUGCCGUGCGGGACGUGCAGGCUUAUGUUGCCGUGCGCUGCGUCUGACCAGGGGGUUCUCAAUUUCGUCCGGCACAGAAUCAACGCCUCUGUUGCGGCAGCGCAGCGAACGCGCGACUCCGCCGAGGGCUGCGAGUCAUUGCCGGGGGUUAGUGGUGGGGGGGGGGAGGUGCAUCGCUUCCAUUUCCAUUUGGCAUCUCUUUACGAAAAUACAAAUAAUCCCCGUACGAGACAAACCUUCUCCCAGGGGAGGCCACGACAGCCGGGGGACACUGCUGGAUGCGGCGCGGAUGCCGAGCGUUGCCGUUGUGCGGCCGCAGGAAUCACGCCAAUGGGGAUGCAUCCGCAAGGAUUCCCAAUAACGACGCUCUCGCUGCCGGGCCCGAUUGCUGCCGUGGCGCCCGGCGCAAUCUGUCCUAUUUGUCCAGGUGCCAGACGGCGCUUUCAAAAUUGAUCACGCUCCAGCCCUUCCUCCGGAGCUGCUCUCCACGGGGAAUGCCGUCGUGCAUUUUGGUGCUUUUUUGUUCAUCUCUUUUUCUUACCCCCCCCCCCGUUCCCCACACGAUUGUGUGUCCAGCGCAUGGCGUGUUGUGCCGUGCCCGGGCGGUUCGCCUUAAUUUUACCGAUUCACCCGGCGAAGAUAGCAACGGGGGAACAUGACGUUGCCGCGAUUGAUGUCAACAUGGGCUGCCCCAAGGAAUAUUCAACCAAGGGAGGAAUGGGUGCUGCCCUCCUUUCGGACCCGGAGAAAAUCGAGGAGAUUCUUACAAAGCUCGUCAAAGGAAUUUCAAAGCCUGUGACGUGCAAGAUAAGAAUCCUGCCUUCGUUGGAAGCCACGCUCAGCCUCGUGCGGCGGAUCGAGAAGACCGGCGUAUCCGCCAUCGCCGUGCACGGCAGGACCAAGGAUGAGCGUCCCCGGCACGCAGUGCGCUGCGACGUGAUAAAGGCCGUCAGCGAAGCCGUCUCCAUCCCCGUUAUCGCCAACGGAGGGUCACAUGACUUCAUCAAGAGCUACGAGGACAUCGAAACGUUCAAGAAGGCCUGCGGGACCACUUCGGUGAUGGUUGGCCGUGCCGCCAUGUGGAAUCCUUCCGUCCUGCGCAAGGAGGGCCCUCUUCCUUUGGACGACGUCAUCCACGCGUACAUUCGCUACGCAGUGAAGUAUGACAACUCCCAACACAACACCAAGUACUGCCUCUGCCAGAUGCUUCGCGAUCAGCUCGAGAGUCCCUUGGGGAAGCAGUUGUACGCCUGCCAAUCUUUGGAGGAAAUAAGUGACCUCUUCGGCAUGGGCGAGUUCUGCCGGGACGCCAGGGAGCGGCAUCGCGCCGCUGUGGAGCGUCUGAACGGCAGGGACGCGACGAGCCGCCUCCUGCGGUCGGACUUGGCCAGUGACGUCACCGCUGCCUACGCUCACUUCGACCGGAGGGAAUACCCCGAGAACGUCACCCCCAAGGCCGUUGUCCUGGAGUGGUGCCGCCACUCGAAACACGGCCAGCCCCAGUACACAACCGAGCAGCGAUCCGAAGACCGUUUCUUUCGCUCCGUGGCAGUGGUGGCGGGGAAGAAAUAUUCCACCAUCAACUGGGAAAAGAGUAAAAAGCUGGCGGAGCAGGCAGCCGCGGUGGUGUGCGUGGAGAGCCUGGGCCUCCCGAGCAUGAAGCUAACCAGGGAGGGGAGCAAAUUGAGCGCCGUCAGUAACAAGCGCAAGCGGGGGGCUGACAGGGAGCAGCAGGGGGAGGAGGUCGCGGAGGUUGGACAGGGCGCCAAGGAAACGGACGUGCUCCGAACACCGAGUGCGAGGGCUCUCGACGAGGGGGAAAUGGACACGAGAGGCGGCGGUGGCAGCGGUGAGAAAAUCCCUGGCGGCUGCUCAAAGGGCACGGUCCGUGCUGAGAAGGGGUCCGAAUGAAGAGCGAAGAAGGAGAAACGGGGCGGAGAGAAGGGCGACGUACAAGAUCUUCUAAAAAAGAAACCCCCGGGUUUCUAUGCGCGUGUGUGAAGCGAGAAACUGACUUGCCUGCCCCGCCUCGUGUGCGUUUGCACGUUUAAAUGUGGAUACGUGCAACCACUGUUUACUGGUGAUGAAUAACUUUUUGCAGCCCUUCGUGAAUCCACUGCCAAGGUGAAGGCUUCCACCGUGCCGCGUCACUCGCCACGCUUGGUCGGUGCAUGUUAAUGAUGACAGCAGGGUCAUCAUUAAAGCAGAUCGCAGGGUCAUCAUUAAAGCAGAUUUCACAGCACGCUAACCAUUUCGCCACUGCUCCGACACCCCGUUUAUUGUAAAUUAUUCAAAGUUAUCAGUCGUGGAGUACUUAUGCAAUUACGGGGUAUGUUUAUUCACAUGUAAUUUGCACAGGAGCUGCAUUCCAAGUGUACGUUAUGUGUACAGAAAAAGUGCACGCUUAGACAUAUGGUAAAUACUCCCGUGCUUUGCAUUUCACAGUGUUUGCAGUUCCAAUUUGAUUGUCAGCCCGAGUUGAGUUGUGCAUUUCACAGUGCUUCAGGAUUUAUUGAUUAAGCAAGAGUCAUUGUGAUGCCCAUUCGCCAGUAAUGAGACCGUAAUUAAACCGGUGCUCAUGGUACUUGCUUGAAAAUUGCUUUAGAAAUUUGAACUGCCUAUGGCACGCAUUGUUAGCAGCAUUAUACAUCUCCCCCUGUUCAUGCAUAGUGAUGUAUUUUCCGUAAAUUAGACUAAUUGCCACGUGUAAAAAAAAAACAUAAUUAUGUUUUGCAUGUUGACAUUGUAGAAUGCUUUGUACAAACAAAUCGUCCCUUUGCAAUUUAAAUAAUUCGUGCGAUGUUUCACUCCCUAAACUUUGCAGCGAUAACAAAAGUUACUCAUCAAUCUUCGCCAACUUAGUCUAUUUGGAAACCAUUGUCUUUAGAGAGUACGUUUACGAUAAACAGUUCCAACUAUUUGAAUAUAAUUUACACUUAAUAUUCUUGGACAAGCUUAAAUACAAAAUUUGUGCUUUGACAUCGUGCCAAACAAGAUCAGGGCAGUAUUUAUUUCUCUCUCUCUCUGCCAUUGCUUCUGCGAUGUGCAGCGGGCGUCAACACAGCCCGACCAUUUCAAGCUGACGGUGCCAUCUGCCCUGAUUUAUUUUACGUCCACCCUGGGCCAUGUCCAAUGAAUUAAAUAUCAAUCUGUCACCGAUUUGACAUUCGCACUCUGUAUAAUCCUAGUUGGCCACACUUGGCGGUGUAUUUAAGCAAACAUGAAAUAGCAGAUGACAGCCCUGUCUUGCAAAGCCGGACUACUUGGGGUAUAGCGAUGCAUCGAUUGGCCUAUUCGUUGCAUUUCUUUAGCUCGUGAUACAUGCUUUAAAAAAAAACAUUCAGCAUCUACCCAAGCUCUCGACCGGAUAAUAUAAUCAGAACCGAACAUCAUACCGUACAGGGCGGUCUAGAUGUCUUGUUACCCCCCAUUUAAUUCUCUAAAACGUAUUUUUUUAGUAAGGUUUAUUUUAAAAAAUAUAUACACAUACAAAGGAAAUGUUUUUAAGGGCCAAUUAAUUGGGGGGAGGGGUGGGUUACAAGACAUCCGGACCACCCUGUACAAUGCUGCUAUUCUUCUGCACUACAGACCACAAGCGUAUUCGCUAACAAUCGAUGUAUUUCAGGUUGUAAUAUGUUUUACGUAUUCUGUUCAGCGUGGCACACUACAACCACUACUAGGGGCCGCUCCGUUCGGCAUCAGCUGAGAUUAAGCAUGCGAUCAUUUGCUGGGUUUAAACCCUUAACCCCGCAAGGAUCACCUCCACGGCCUCCGUUUACAUGAACCAUGCAGAAUGUUUACAUUGGAAUUACGAUUCCAUGUAUCAGUGACGACUCAUUGGAUCGUGACGGGGAGCAAAUUCAUUUCACCCCUCGUAAACGUCGACGGCAGUGGCGUUCGAGGCUGUCGAACAAUGGCGUGGUCGCGAAGAGUUGCAGCUAAGAGUUGCGUGCGCUGUGUAAAAAAAAACCCCACAUUGUUUCCAGAGGUCAUUCCUUACAGCGGUCUCCCCCAUUAUUUGGUCCAAUUAUCCAUUACGGCACACACAACAACAACCGCCAUUCGCCACUAAGUGGCGGUGACGUCACCACGACGCUUGUGCCAGGCUAUGUGCACCCUGAGGCCACGUGAAGUGUCGAACGCCUGCUGGCAGGAGGUCA